AUGGAGAGUGAGCCGAAUCCGCUGGGAGCAACAGGAAAAGAUCGUAUUGUAGAGGCCUCUGUCUGCGGUGACCCGUUGGAUGGAAUAACUGACCCGGAACAGAAGGAAACGGAGGGCCCUGCCGGCGAAGGCGUGGCAUCGACAUCCUCGCUGAAGCGGCGCUCUCUGGGCGCGGGUAUGGAGCUGCACCAGAAGCGGCAGGCGUUGCCUGACUCCAACAGGGGCCCACGCGAGGCGGAGCCGACCGAUGUCGGUGACAUAUCGCAGGACGAGUGCCCCGUGAACGCGGGUGCGUCCCCUCCGUCUGAUCUGGGCCCCUCAUCCGGGUUCGCGGAUCCUCUGCGUCGUUAUCCGGGGGAGGCUAACAUGAGCGACCGGCCUAGCGUCAUGUUUUCCAACCUCAAUGGAGAGUUUUCGGCGACCACCCCUCCUUUGUUUGCGAGCGCGCAGUUGUUGAGCGAGCCACUCGUUCCGGUGGACCACUUGCCACUGUGCGUGAACCGCCAAUCCAUGAACAAUGCCCACGGUUCUGCUGUGGCACGUGACGCAUCGGUCUGUGUUGAUCAUUCGUCCAUUGGGACGUAUGGGUCAUCGUGUGCAACCCAAGGAACUUCAAGGGACCGGGGUGACUGCGCAACUCAUCCAUGCACCAUCGACGCGUUUGAUGAUAACGUCAGCAAUGCGACAUCCAACAGCUUGCCUGACGUGUCGAUGAGCGUCUCCCGCAUCGAUGCGGUUCAUCCGGUGCCGUAUGAUGAUAACAUGGAUGCGUCACCUGACAUCGACAACUUGGACUUGGCAUCGGCUCCAUGUGGAGGGUUUGAAAUGCUCGAAUCAUACACCGCGACAAACGAUUAUGCCUGUAUGAGUCAGUUAUCGAACCCCGUAUGCAUGAAUCAUCUUGAAGACACGGCCAUUCUGGAUACCAUGCUUGGCCCCACGCGGAGUUCGCAAGAGUCAGUGUCCAACCUGAUUGGUGGCGGGGCUGAGAUGCACAGGGAGAUGGAUACCAUGCCGAAUUUGGAGUUACGGCGUUUGAGUAACGGAUCUGUCAACCUUGCGAGCGACUGCGGGGACGUCAAACGGCAGAUAGUGGUAGAUGAGAACUUGACCAAUACGAUUUUGAAGGACCUUAUCUGCUCCAUAUGUCUGGAGUACUUUUACUUCCCAGUGACGCUGAGUUGCGGGCACACGUUCUGCCGCUACUGUAUAGGUCACCUGCGUCUCGCCGGCAAGCUGUGCCCGCUGUGCCGCAAGGAGGUUGGGCGCCCGCCUAGCGUGAACACUAUUAUGUGGAACCUGGUGAAGGCCCUGAAGAUUAGGAAGCGCCCUACGUUGCCGGAGGCGCCUCGUGACACGUCCUUUGAGGAAGAGAAGGCGUGGUGGGAUGAGCACUGUCUGAAGCCAUUCAUGAGUCUGCCGCUAUUUUUGCGCAUAAUGUUCGGCGACAUCGUGCAGACCCCUCCAUUUUUCGACGAUGUCUGUACGUGUGUGGUCGACUUUUUUGAUAGGCAUGCGUCGUGGUCCAAAUCUAAGUGGGUUUUCACAGUUGAGGAUUCUCGCGUCUUGCGCCGUUUGGUGGGCUUCGACAGUGAGGAUAUGGAUGCAACAUCAACGCGUCUUCAGCUGUGGGUGGAGAACUACCUGAGCAACAACCCCCACCUGUGCUGCAGCACCGAAGAGCCCUACCCGUUCGUGCUGAAGGUGUACAGCGACAUAAACCACAAGAUCGAUGGCAUUUCGUUUAACGCUAUGAACAUCCAUCAUCGGUUGCCGUGGGAUGCUGGACGCCAUGUAAAGAGCCUGCUGCACCUUCCCCACUCAUCAGUUUCUCUGAGCCACCUGGUUUUCGUGCCUUGCGGUCAGGGCCACGUGGGUCUGCUGGACUGCGGGUCCACUAUCGGUACUAUGAUAAAGUUGCAAGGACAGAGAACAUUGCAAGAUGGCGACAGGAUACACGUCGGUGACAAACAUGAGGUUGAUGUGAUACUGUCUGGCACGGACCCCGACAUGUCUUACGAACAUUUGCGCUGGGAUCCUGUACGCAAGGAGGUUGUUGACCUGACAGCCCCCGAGUUCUCAAACGUGGACCCGUCGUCUCUGGAGCCUAUCGAUUGCCCGCUUCAGUUACGCAUUUACGCCGACGCUCAAGAGGAGCGCGAAGUGUGGACAAAUCCGAAGGGCAUAAUCCUCGGUCGGGGUCCUCAGACACAGUCCGCGUUCAAGAAGCUAAGUAUUACUACGCAGAACGGCUAUAUUUCGCGCGAGCACUGUCUUAUCUAUUACGACGGCAGUCGCCCGUCGGGACAGCGGUGGAUUCUACGCGACAUGAGUACGCUGGGCACGUUUCUGAAGGUGAAACCGUUCCAGCAGCCAAUUCCCAUUGAAGCUGGUUUCAUUUUUAAGGUGGGGCAGUGCAAAGUUGAGGUCUGUAGCGCUACUGACGGACUUCACCGCCGGGCGCCCAACUCGCCCGCGGCGCUAAUUCUGUCUCAGCUGAUCCACAACCACUUUUCGAACGUCGCGGCCACUAUUCCGCCACCUCAGGCGCCCGACACAAAUGUAGUACAAAGCAACAACUCGCAGCCGGAGGUGUAA